AAAUGACUAAAUUAAAGGUAAAUUAUUCGAAUUUGCUUUCACUGUAAAGUUAGCUUUGUUUUUUUUCAAAUUAAAUUUGUAACUUUGGAUUCAAUUAGAUUUUCAUAUUCAGAAUACUCAAUGUGUGAAUAUAAAUAUUACUACAAUCCGGUUAUCAUAUUUAUUAAUAAAUCAAAAUAAAUAAAUUCAAAUAAAAAAUAAUAUAAAACUUUUUACAAAAUGAAAUUCAUUACCCUUGCAAUAUUAGCUAUCUUAGCUUUAUCUACAGUACGUGCUUCUUUUGAUGUAGCAAAGGCAUUAUAAUGUUAUGGCUAAACACAAUAACCUUGUUAGGCUUCAGAUCAGGCUUGCUAAACAGACUAUCAAGCUGUUUAAGCUUGUUGGACAAAGAAUAACUGCAGUGUCUAAAACUAAUCAAACUCUGAUUACCUCAAUUGUGUCAAUUCAUGUCCUGCUUAAACCUCAGCUGUUAAGGGAUAUAUUAGCUCCUAUCUAAACUGCCUUGACUCCACCAUACUUUCUUUAAUUGGUGCUAUUAUGGCUUUGUUCUUUUUAUAUAUUUGA